CCAGAGCGGGAGGAGGGAUUUUCCCAGCCACGGGGCUCCCCGCGGGUCUCCGCCUUCUGCUCCCUCCCCUUAUAGCGCGGCUGCCCCGGGGCUCCGCAGCCAGCGCCGCCCGCAGCCAGCGCCGACGGGACCCGCCGCGCAGCUAGAAGGAAAUGAUGAAAAUGUUACCUUUUUUCCAAAGUGGUCCUACUGGAAUACGCAAUGGAUCAGAGGGUUGCAUUGGUGUAAACAGGCAGCUUGCAAACCCUUUGACAUCAGUAGCUGAGCAAGUCCCGGCCUGUUCUGAACCUUCUGGGGACAAGUUCUGGUCCAGAGACCAGGAGAAGAUGAGUAAAAGGCCAGAGACAGCCUGCAGAGCCUCACGUGCAUCUUCCAUCACAAGCAAUGAGAGCUACACCUCUGCUGGGGACAGCCCUGAAAAGGCGAAGAAAGGAAUAAAAGAAAUCCUUACAGGUGCAUUUAAGAAGAUUAAAAAAAACAAGCCACCCAGUGUCAAACAAAUCAUGGAUCUCCUUGAAGAACAAAAGCUUUGCGAUGCUGCUCAGCAUCUUAUUGUCCUGGAGAAGAGCCUGUCUAGCAAAAGUGAGGAGGGACUGAAUGCCAGUCAGCAAGACAUUGAGUGCGUCUAUGAAGUUCUGAAGCACAAAGUCUUCAGCAUCUUGAAAGACUCAAUCCUUCUCGCAAGAACAAACCUAGAACUGCUGCAGCAGGCAGUAGAGGCACUGAAAGAGCAGGAGAAAGAAGAUCAGAACUAUGCAUUAGAGAAUCCACCUGACCAAAACAAGCCAUUUAGACCUAGAAAAUGGAAGGAGCUUUGGAUGGCUACAGUAAAGGAGUCAGUGGAGACUCAAAUGAAAGACACAAGUCGUACUCCUAAAACUGAGAACCUCUCUACAGUUGGCCAGAACCUCCUGCACAUGGGGAAAACAAUGAAAGAGGACUUGACAAUAGUUGUAAAGUACAUUAAACAGCUAUAUCCUCCUGAGUUUAGCGUUUUCAGCACAUAUGCAGUACUCUAUCACAAUUAUUUUGCUGCCCAAGCAAAGAAAAAUGCUGAGUCUCAACUAGAAGACAAGGAUAUUUACCUUCUCCUCUCCUGGGUACACAACAUUUAUCCAAAAGAUAUGAGGAAAGAUCAUGCUUUAGCAGAGGAGUUGGAAAAAGUUAAACUUGGAAGCCUUUUGCCAUCAGAUCUGAUCAAAAAGCUUGAAAAUAAAUACCUUGACAAUGAAGAGGCUACUAUCAAAAAUUCGCUGAGCAAAUGUUUAGAUAAAGAAAUACAAAGAUGGAAAGAAGACAAAGAACCAGAGAAACUAAAUGGACAUUUUGAGAGUGAACUACUAGGAAUAUUUGUUAUUCAGAGUAUCUACAGUGGGCAGAAGCGAGCCAAGGACAUCAGUGCGGCAGUGGGCGAGGAGCUGUCGCAUCGCCUGUCGAAGGAGCUGCAUGCCUUCCUGAAAAGCUACAAGGAUGCUUUUGAAGACUUUAAGGAGAAGGGCAAGAAGCACAGAUACUACAAGCCCAUACUUAUCGCAAAUAUUAACAACUGCUGGAAUUUUAGAGACUACACAGAGAAGAACAUGGCAGAGAAGGAUGAGAAUAAAGCCAGUAUCCUCAGCACUCUUAGUGAUGUUGAAAACAGUGGUUUUGACGUGCUGCUUCAACCGCUGUUUGCACAGCUGAAGCCAAUCUUUAAGAAGUUUACAGAAAAUAAGUGGGACUCCAGCAAUGAAAUUAUGAAUGAGAUCAUUAAAAUAACCGGCAAACAUAUUUCUGACUUCCAGACCCUAAAGAACCCUUUCUACCAUGCUAUUAUUGAGAAAAUCCACACCCGUUUGGUUAAAGACUACAUUGUGAGGCUGCUGAAGAGGAAAGUCAGCCUGAAAACUCCUGCACAACAACAAAACUUGGCCCAAAACAUCUCCAAAAACGCUGCUGACCUGGAAGCCUUCUGCAUCAGCAAUGGAUCUCAAGCCACGUGGCUGAAUUCAGCUCUCCCCAAACUGGCUGAAAUAAUCCGACUUCAGGAUUUAGGUGCUAUUAAGAUUGAGGUUGCAACACUCGCCACAACAUACCCAGAUAUCCGCAAAAGACACCUGGAAGCGUUCCUGUACAUCAAAGCCAACUUGUCACGUGGUGAACUCAAAAGCAUCCUGGGCUACUUGGCAGACAGCACAGCAUCCACACUGCCCGGGGUGCCGCUCUUCUCCAACAUAAACGUGUCGUAGGCCAAGGCACUCCUGGGCACCCUCCUUGUGCUGGACUGUAGGCUAAGCCAGGGAUGGAGACAGUUCCAUGGAGCGAUGCACAGUGCACACUGCCACCUUUUCCUACGGAAAGUACCUUGUCCUAAUACGGUGCUCAGUAUCUCUAUGGGAAUCAUGGUCCUCCAUGCACAGCCAGGAAAACAGGGCAUCAGUGGGAGGAUCAGUCCUUACAAGGACUGGGGCUGCUCCCUGCAGCAGCCACAGUGCCCUCCAAGGUCUCCUUGGUGCCUCCACAUUGUCUGUCUGGAUGCUGUCCUGGUGUUCUGAUCUCCAUCUACCUCACAGGGUGCCAUGAAGGACAUGUUGCCGAUUCCCCAGCUAGUCCAGACUGAGCAGACACCUCCUGUCUAGCUUUUUGUUUUCUAAGGAAACAGAGGGGGAAAAUGAAGCCAAAAUUUAGAGAUGCUGGAAAAAAUCCCAUGUGAGCAUGCUUGUACCCCAUCUGCUUUCCUCUGAGCUGGGCAGGGGUGGCUGGGCAGGUUGGGCUGAAGGGAGAGGCACCAGGUUUCAGGUCAGCAGGAGCUGCCACUCAGCCAUGCCAGGAUUCCUGCAGUCCCGCUGCACUGCAGCAUCCCAACAUGCGGGGCUUGGAGUAGCUCUGGCUGCAUGCUCUGCUCCAUGCAGCAGUGUUGUCCAGGGUCAUUGUGGUUUCCAACCCAGCCCUGGACAGCCUUGGCUGGCCUCACAGCAGCGGUCCAGCCAGGGCAGCGUAUGCUUCCUUCACAUUGGUGAGAUAGGAGCACCCAGUGCUGCCAGGAGUCACCAGCCCACCUACAGUGACCCUGUCCAGGGCAUCUGCACUGGAGUGACACCCCACUAACAGAGGAUUAGGAGGAAACUGCCUAUUGCAAUGGAUGAUGUGGGCUAAGCCCUAGCAUCUAGUAAAGCACUUUGGAUAUUGCUUAAGCCUUAUUUGUCAUGGAGACGACUUUUCCAGACCCUGCUGACAUCAUAAGCUUUGAAUGGGUGGUGGAACUGGUGUCCAAUACAUUAUACUGUAUAGAGCAUCCUGUACGUAUCACCAUUUCAUUGCUUGCUCUUUCCACUUUUGCUUUGUGAUAGAUAUGAUGUGAAAACACAAAUGGGUCUGUUGUGAAACUGUUUUGUUUUUACAGCCUAGUUUUUUUGGGAAGCGAAUCGCUUGCCAAAACAGGUUUAGUUGAACACCUUUCCCUUCUGUUUUUCUCUGUUGCAACUUCUAUAUCAGGCUGAGGAAAGUCAAUACGGAGGGAAAACACAUAAUGACUGUGCAAACCAUAUAAUGUAUUUAUAUACAUAUGCAGUAUACCACUGGUGUAUUUUUGCAUCCAAUUUUAUUUUUUCUCAGUUAGAGAUAUUCAUUUGCAAUGUUUAUAUUUAAACACUAUUCAAAUAUGCUAGAGAAGUGACUCA